UUCAGUAUAGUAAGUCGUAAUCGUGUUUUAUACCACUCACCAGUCGUGUGUAUCGAAAUGAAAAUGGUCGUGUUCGGGCGAUUUUGCGCUUUGCCGUGUAAAUAAACACUGUUGUUUUGUUUUCACUGUUCGACGAUAAUAUUUUUACCGAUACAUAUUAAUUAUGCUUUGGUGAUUAGUGUUCGUACGUUGUUACCCGUAUUUCGUUUGUGCAUUUUUCACUUGGUCGACUCACCCCUUGCCGCUCGCGAUGGACGCGGUUAAAGCUUUCACAGCUGAGUUAUAUUCCAUCACGGAAAUGAAACCGCCUAUAUCAAAAGCAAAAAUGACAGCUAUUACUCGAAAUGCAAUUAAAGCCAUUAAGUUGUAUAAACAUGUGGUUCAAUGUGUUGAAAAGUUUAUACAUAGGUGUAAGCCUGAAUACAAGAUACCUGGUUUGUAUGUAAUUGAUUCAAUAGUACGACAGUCAAGACAUCAAUUUGGAAAUGACAAAGACGUAUUUGCACCAAGAUUUGCACGAAAUCUAAAAUCAACAUUUUCACAUUUAUUUGUUUGUGCCGAAGAAGACAAAAGCAAAGUAAUACGGGUAUUAAAUCUGUGGCAAAAAAAUGCUGUAUUUACCACUGAUGUGAUCCAGCCAAUUUUUGAUUUAGCGGCAAACCCAGAACACGAAGAACCUAACCAAACUAAUCCAUUGUCAUCAAUUGAAAAUAGCCCAAAAAUAAGUGUUAAAACUGAUAUUUUUAAGAGCCAAGACAACAUACCAUGUAAAGAUAAUUCAUCGAAAAGUUUUGAUUCUUUACAGGGGUUGGAUAAUGAUAAGACUUAUGAUCCAGCAAUAAUUCAACAUUUACAAGCCAUUCAAUCCUUAUUAAAGAAACAACCAAACCAGUCGUCUUCAUCUCCACAAUUGAAAAAAUCUGACUCGGUUAAACUGUUUGAUAAGAAACUUCUUGAUUAUGAUUAUGGAGAAGAGGAAGAUGAAAUGCUCAAUCAGUCUCCAGAAUUUCAGCAACAGCAACAACACCAGAAUACAUCAUUAGAAGGACUAGACAGCCUUUUGAGUAACCCAGAAGUUCUGCGCACCUUGCGUAAUGUCGAAGGGCUUAUGUCCACACAGUCUAAACAGCAGGCAGAGUUGGACAAGAUUAAAGAAAUGAGAAAAGAAGCGGAAUUUGACAAACAUCUUGCUCAAACUGUACAGAAUUUACCCUUUGCUUCCGAGUGUGAAUUGAAACCAGCUCCGAUGAUUUCUCAGUCAAUCGGUGCAAUGCCAAAUCUAUAUACGAAUCAAUUGUAUAAUACACAAAUCUUUCAGCAACAGCAACCAUUGAUUACCUCAGAUAUCCAUCAUAAGCCAGCUCAACAACUUAUUGGUUAUGAAGAUCCAAAUCAAGCAAAACAGCCAGAGGUUAUUGAUCUAGAUCAUAUAGCGUCACCACCACAUCAAAAACAAGAGUCAAGACGUGAAAACUAUGGAACUAGUUCAUCUCGGAAAAGAUCCCCGAGAAGAAGCAGCCGUGAACGUCAGCGAGAACGUGAAAAAGAACGAGAAAGAGACAGGGAAAGAAGGAAAAAAUAUUUACCUUCAUUUAGGAAAAAUCAUUUGGCUGUUGUAAGCACCACUCUUUGGGUUGGUCAUCUUUCAAAACUUAUCCACCAAGAUGACUUGUAUGGCUUGUUUCAACCAAUAGGAGACAUAGUAUCAUUGAAUUUAAUUUCGCCCAGAGGAUGUGCUUUUUUAUGUAUGAAUAGAAGACAAGAUGCGGCUCGCAUUCUGCAUAAGUUUCAAGGAGAAAAAUUACAAGGAAAACCAAUAAGUGUUGCUUGGGCUCCUGGUCAAGCCAUGAAAGAUAAAGAAUGGAAAGACUAUUGGGAAGUAGAAGAUGGCGUUUCAUAUAUACCAUGGGAAAAACUAAAUAAGGAUAUUGAUUAUGAUGAACUAGAAGUGGGUGGAAUGCUAGAUGAAGAAUCAAUGCCAGAAUGGUUAAAAAGUCAUCUAAAAAAUUUACGUGAUUCAAAAAAAUCUGAGAAAAAAGAAGAAAAAAUGAUUGAUGGCAAUCAACAGGUAUCUAACAUAUUUGAUCAACAAGGUGUUCAAUCUUCUCCAAGUGUUCAAAUGCAAAUGUCUCCGGCACAAAACAGUCAACCCAAUCAAAUAAGUUUUAAUAUACCUCACCAAGCAAUGGGCAUGCCUAAUCCUUUUGGAAUAAAUACGAGAUUAAUUAAUCCAAUGAUUAAUCCGAUGAUGCCAGGUUCUAUGACACCUCUGGGAAUGGGUCAUCCAUCUAUGAUGAUGAUGAACAGAAUGCAAUCGCCAUUUGGACCUCCACCCAACAUGUCUAUGAUGGGUAACCCACAACAAAUGGGAAUAACCAAUGAUGGACAGAAACCACUUGGUGUUCCACCAGAUAUGGUUAUGCCUUUCCCUUUUAAUAUGAAUUUGCCCUCUCAAGCUGCUAUUUCUUCUGCUCAGUCUAUGAUGGGAUUAAAUCCAUCAAUUGUUACUUCUAGUAGUAAUUCUGUAUCUAACCUUCCUCCAAAUUCUAAUCAAAAAGACGUUCCAAUUGUGGGAAACAAUCAAUUGGACCCUUCAACUAUGAUGCAGUUCAACUUGCCUCCACCUCCGACCCUUCCAAAUUUAUCAGAUUUUAGACACAAUGAUGCUGAUACAAGUUUGGAUAAUGACAAAUAUGAUCCAACUGUCGAUCGAGAAGGAUCUAAUGAUGGGGACAGAAGUAUGGAUAGAAACCGUGGAAGAGAUAACAGGAACCGCAGUCGUGAUAAUAGAGACAGAAAUAAUAGAUUUAAAGAUAGAGAUGGUAAAAAUGACCGUGGUAGAAGAGUUGACGACAUGAGAUUAGAUCCUAGAAGUCGUAACAAUAAAGGAUCUGAACAAAGAGAACGGAAAUCAUCUCGAUGGGGAGACAAGGAGGAGGCGAACAAUCAGAAUCAUACUGAUAGAGCUGAAGGGUUAGGAAUUCCUCCACCAAAUCUAACCCAAAUGGAUAAUGUAAAUGAUGUAUUAAUUCAACAAAAUGAUCCCUUGCGCCAAAUUUUUAAACACGCGAUUCCAGACAAUGUUGCUAGUCCCGGAUUCCAACCAGAAAUGUUUGUGCCAAAUGGACCGCUUCCAAAUCAAAUGUUUAAUAUGCCUCCUCAAGGCUUAGGACUGGAUGGACCAAGAUUUUCUCUGAUGGAUACUGGCAAUAUGAGAGGCCGAGGAGCCUGGAAUCGCGGAGGUCGUGGUGGAUUUAGAGGAACAACUGGUGGUUUUAACAAUAAUAGUGGACCAAAUUGGGAUGCCAAUAAUGGAGCUAAUUGGGAAAAUAAUAGUGGACCUAAUUGGGACAGUAAUAGACCACCUCCUGUUUGGCAAAAUCAACAAAACAGGGGUGGCAUGAUGGGAAGAGGCAACAUAAGACCCCCUUUAAUGGGAAAUAUGGGUCGUGGUCGAGGGAGAGAUAUUUGGGUAGAUAAUAACUUACAAGGAGGAAGAAGUAAUCGUGAGCCUGAUACCUGGGGUAGCCGUGGUGGCCGAGAUGCUGAUAAAUGGGGAGGUCGUGGUGGACGGGAUUCUGAUGGUUGGAGUGGUCAUGGUAAUCGAUCAUCACCAUGGAGAGGUAAUGCUGGAAGGCGGCGCACUGAUGACAGAGAAGGAGUGCCUAAUCAAAAACGAUGGAGGCGUGAGGAAAAUCCUGAAUGGGAUGAACAAAAACCAUGGAAACGAAACGAUGAUGCUGACUGGCAAACUAACAAACAUGGACCUCAGUGGAAUGGUAAAAAAGAUGACGGUAGUCACUCCAAAUUUAAAAGUCGUGAUAAUGAUGAACGUCCCAGAAAACCUAGCAAGUGGGGAGAUAAACCAACAGAUGAUAAGCUCAAAGAAGAUGAUUUGAAAUCUUCAGAAAGAAUUGUGCCUGAUGAAGAUCCAAAUGCAAAAACUCAAUCCCAGUGUAGUGCUCCAAUGGAUCUAGAGAAUUAUGAUGGAGAAUCGUCAGAAAAUUUAGAGCAGAAAUCAAAUGUUCAGCCAAAAGAGACAUUUAGUGAUAAUGAAUUUAAACCACAUUGUAACGAACAAUUUGAAAGAGAACACCAUGAAAAUACUGAAAAUCGUCCUAACUUAAGUAGUGUUGAUGAUAAAACAUAUAAUGAAAGUCAAGAAUGCCUAACACAAAAUUCUAGUAAUCAUCAAAUAACAGAACAGUAUGAUGAUAAACAAAAUAGUUUUAGUGAUAAUUUUGAAGAAUCAAAACACGACAAUUAUAAUGUAAGUCAGGAAAAAACUAAUGAUACGCAUGAAAACUUUGAAAAACAAAACAUUGAAACUCAAGAUCAUUAUGAAAGAACGUUUCAUAAUGAAUAUAAUAGUGCUCCUGCUGAAUUUGAGACAGACAAAAAUGAUAGUGAAUUAACACAAAUUGAAGAUGUUGAAUCUAAAUCAAAUAAUGGUUACGGACAAAAUGAACAGAAUUACCAAGAAUCUGGUAAUAACUUUGUUGAUAGCUCGUAUAAUCAAGAAAAUAAUGAUUUUGUACCACACUAUGACGAAAAAGAGUUGUCAACAGAUAAACCCUGUGAACAACCACAGGGUAGUUUCUAUUUCGGCUCUGAUAAUGAACCUACCAUUAACGACUCCAUUGAAAUGAGGUGUACUGAGCUUCCAUCUUCAGAAUCUAUAUCAACUCCAGAGAACAGUGAUGUACUCGAUACUACUAAUGCAACUGACUCUAGUACUGUACAAAACUGAACAGUCACUAAUUUACUAUUGAUUUAUUCAAAUACUUAAAUGAUAUUUGUAGAAAAUAUAAUGGUAAGAACUUCUUGUCAAGUAUGUUGUUAAUUACUUUAUAAUAAUCUAGUAGCCAUGUUCUUACACAAUUAUUCAACUUAUAAAUUAUUAUUAAAUUACAUGUCAUUAAUAAAAUUAAAAUAAUUAUAAUCAAUGAUGAUUAUUUUAAAAAAUGUUACUGUUAAAACUGAAAAUAUUUUACAUAUUGACUUGAAAUCUAUUUUGAAAACAAAAAAAAAUUAAUUUUAUUUGUAUUCUGGUUUUGUUUUUUAUUUAGACAAUUGUUUGCAUUGGGUUUUAACAACGUGAAAAUAUUUUACCUAAUUAAUUAGAAUACUUUAUUCAAAAUGUUUUUAAUUUUUUCAGUUGGGUGAUUAUUCAUUUGCAUAUGUUAUUUUUUUACAAUUAUUGUGAAACAAAUUAUUAAUUACAUGCCUAUACGAUUUGCAUAAAACAUCAUUAUUUUUCAUUAA